CCCUCGGCGCUGCGGUCGACCCGGGUGCGCGCGCAGUUCAGGUUUGGCGCCUGCGUCUCCACAGUCACUCCGCCAUCUUUGCCAGGACAGUGACUGUUGCGGAAGCAUGUGUAUAGUUUUUGGAUCGUGUAAAGAAAAGUGUGCAGUGUAAUAGGACAAGCUGUUUGACGUUGUUAUGCAAGACCGUUUUGCACAUAGAGGUAUGCUGUCCGAAUCCUCUUUCCUGUGAGGGGCCAUGAAAGAAGAUCAGCGCCGAAAUUCCAUGGGCCUUCAGGGCAAAGGUCCCUACGAUUGUUGACCAUCGCAUACGCAGUGCGUGUUUGUGAUGGUGGACUUCAGCCUAUGAGGGCGGGCGAAGCCGCUUUCAGGCUUAAAAGUCCUGUUUGUUAACUGUGUUUGGUGUGUAGUUAAUUUCGCAACAAGAAGCAAAGAUGACGGCUGAGAAAAAGAUUUGCUUUAGUAUCUGCAUCUGUCAGAUGACAGCGAUCUUGUCCGGUGUGGCGCUACUCUAUCUCGCCGUGAUUGUCGUGAUCCCGUCCAAGGAUGAACUGGCCCUCAACUUCCACACGACGCCCAUCAUGUGCACGACGAUUACGGCGAAGGACAUCUCGGCGAGCGGCAAGAAGCUGCAGUGCCACUGGUCCACCUGUUCGGAGUGGUGCCUCUCGAAGGGCUCGGGCACCUGCAUGCAGAUUCACGUCAUGGUGAGAAACAACGGCUCGAGGGUCAACUUCAGAGACUGUGUGGAUAUUUCGGACGAAAACUGCUCGGCCUUGGACGUGAACGCUACGUUUGUCAAGUGGUGCAAAAAAGGUGAAUGCCACGACCUGACAGGGAUGUUCAACUGCACCAAAGACGCCGACAACGGCUGUCGCGACAUUACCCCGGCCUUCGUCUGCACCAACCGCAGGAAGUCUGUGAAAUCCAUCGAGUGCAACGAGGAGCAGUGCAGUGAGCGGCUGGACGGCGUGUUCACCUGCAAGGAUGGCAAGUGCCACCAGCUCAAGGACAUCGUCAAAUACUGGCGCGACUGCGAGCGGAAGUGCACCAAACUGGAGAUGCGUGAACGGAACGUGAUAAUCUUCAGCCGCGAGAGGUUGGUGGCGACGGCGUGCUCGUCCAUGGACUCGCCCGACAACAACACGAUCGCGGAGGUGAGCGAAUCGCAGGACUGGCGCGACAAGAAGACGGCCGUGUUCUUGUUCUGCACCUACAUCGAGAAGGUGAACGGCAAGAAGACCUACGACCUGCUCACCUCCGACUGCUUCAACGCCACCAUGGCCACGGCCGAGGAGUUCCAGCACAUGCGGAGCUACAUGGACCUCCUGGCGCUGCACCAGACCCUAGGCAACCGCUCGGAGUGGGUGAUCGAACCCGAAUCCACACUCCGCAUCAUGAACAACACCCAACUCCGCAUCAACUCCCAGGGCUGCGUGAACACUCUCAAGAAGGAGUGCACGGCGUUCUUCGAGACGCACGCCCACGACGGCUUCGACGGCAUCACGCCCGACCGCUACCCCUGCUACUACACCGACCUCAACGCCGAAUUCGUCAUCGGAAAGUUCGACCCCAACAUGACCCGCCUCCACCUGCUGGUCGCCUCCAUCCUGCCCGGCUGCCUCUUCAUCUUCGCCUGCACCUGCCUCUUCAUCUGCUCCAAAUCGGUAGGAGUGGACGACGAGGGCCAUUUGCGGGUGACACUUCUACAAAGCGGGGGCGCAGGAGGUAACGCUAGCGAGCUGUGAGCCAGCCCUCCUCUGUUGUCUCUCUGCUGAUCACAAAUAAGGAACCUGUUCAGUUCGACGAACUAUUGUGACGGUGCACGCGAUCCAGCGACUACACCCUCAUUCCAAACCAGUGAAUCGUCGACAACACCCUUAUCCUUAUCUAGGGAUUUGGUGACUCCAUUCUCACCGUUAACCAACGAUUCGGCAACUGCACCCUCUUCUUAUUCCAAUUUUUUGUUUGUUCUUGCACUGUUUCUUCUUUUUUUCGGUGAUAAACGAUUGUACUCUCAGUCGUCACUUGAUCAGGUUGACACACCUCACCGUUGACCGACAUUCUAAUGGCAGUUCUGUUACUCAAUACACUCUCAUCUUCGGACAAAGCAUCUUUCCUCGACCUAAGUACUUUACUUUAAACUUCUGUCAGCAAUUCUGAGCAACUCUUUCAGGAUUGUUGUGCGCCUUUCCCAUGUCAGAAGUAAGAUCUCAUUUACUUCUCGCUGACGACUCCAUCUGAAUUUCCCAACACUCAUUCUCGAGAAUAUACUGAAGAGGGACGAGGGACUUCGACACUAAGCUGUUUCCACAAUCCAGACACCACAAUAAACGAAGACAGCUCAGAGGAUUAAUUUUGAUCUUGUUUUUAGCUUUUGUUUUCAUUAUCGAAUAAAGACAGACGUCCAAUUCUGUAUCUUCUGUGAGCCGGAAAGUAUAGUGAAUUUCACCAUCUAAAGGAAGAAGACCUAUGGUGUAUAGAAGCACACUUUGAUAAUUCAGACUUCAUAUAAUCAAGAAAAGACGUGACUACAAAAUCGGCGUGCUUGAUACGCAUAUUUCAUUUGUAGAAUAUAUAUCGAAUAGAAUUUGCUGUGAGUAGUGAAGUUACAGACUUGCUAAGUCAAGAAUUCCAGUCUCAUCUAUACUCCUUGCUAAUGAGAAGUGACUCUGAUUUCUCCCCUUCAUUUGCAAACGGAAGUAACUCAUACACUCACUUGUGUAAGAGUCUUUUCUUGUAAAUAUAUAAACUUAAAGUGCCUGGUUAUAUAGUUUAUGUAUAAAGCCCUAGUUAAAAAAAGGUAUAAUACUCGAAGUUUAGUGUAUAAGCACAUGGUGUGAUUUACUUGCCACUUUGGAUUUUUUAUUUGUCAUUAUUGUGCGUGGACCUCUGGUUAACAAUCUCGUCCUUCCCUUCAGGUCCAGCUUUACAACAACCAAAUUGUAAAAUUGUAAUUGUUUUCUUUUGCAAUUCAGUGAUAUUGAUUGAUUAGCUACCAAGUCUCCCUCCCUCCAACCAAGGCCAAGGAAAGCCAACCAACCAUCAAACACCUAAACCCUUAACUCCCUUGGCCGUCACUAACACUACUUGCCUUCCUUCCUUGACUUUACCGUCCGCCUGCCGCCGCCACAUUUAACUGUGUCACUCUUGUAGUAUUCUUCUGUGUCUCUAACUAAGCAUCAUGGAAGGGGAGGAAAAACCAGAAGAAUCCUUCGCCGUAAAGCUGAAGUAUUACACUACCCUGACCUUGGGAACAACGGCAUGUCUCUCAUCCUUCAUCUUCAUGUUCUUGAUUCCGUGGAUACUGGAUCCAUCUAUAUCCACUCUCAUGGCUAACUUCGACCCAGAGCAGGUGUUGUGCAGGACAGUCAGAACAGAUCAUUUGGUGAGCAUGAAGAACUGUUCCUGGUCAUCGUGUAAGCACGGGUGCACCACGGACCAGUAUGAAUGUGACCAGAUCUAUGUGGACUACAUGCAUGUUCCCUAUAGCGAGUACGACGAAGAGAGCUUCGAGAUAGACGAAGAACUCUGGGUUGGACGUGGUGUUCCCCUUUUCAUCAACAUCAAGGCUUGUGGAUACCCGCCUCAAACUAACUGCUCAACCUUUGCCGACAAGCACGGUCCCGAGGGCUCUGUCUUCGCCUGCCAUUACUCCCGCGCUGACCCCAAUUUGGUCAUCACCGAAUACUCGUGGUGGAAGGAGGUCAACAGCAUCAUCUUGGCCCUCCUGAUUCCAAACGUCUUGUGUGGGUUCUCCCUCGGUCUGGUGACCUACUGGUGGUAUCCUGGGUGCCAGAAGAGGCGCUGUCAGUACCAGCUCCCGCCUGACCAAGAGGACGCGUCUUCUAACAAUGCUGACGACGAAGACGAUGAAGAGGGAGAACAGGAUGACGAAGGAGAUGGAGCAAAGAAGGGAGAUGAAAGUGACAUGAAGAACAGACCUCAAGAAGAAGAAAAGGACCGUGAUACAUCCAUCAGCAUGCCUGAAGAGAGAGUGUGACUACUGGAUAACGGGGCUGUAGGACAAAGUGGAGGAUGAAAAUAAUGCUGCUGUCAGUCAAAAUAAGAAGCAAAUUUUAAAACUGGAUAGCAAGGCCCCGCCAUUGCAAAGAAAAUGAGAGAAGAAAAAUGAAAGCAAUCUCUAUACUUGUAUUCUUGCUUGUCUAUAAAAACUUUCAUGCUACACAAAUAUAUAUCUAAAAAUUUGUAAAAAAAAAAACAAAAAAAUAAUACAUAUAUACACGUGUUGAGUGUAAUCCCAUUACUUAUCCCUUUUUCCUCAUCUUUCUCUGUAAAUUAAAAGUGUAAGCCUUGCCAAAAGAACAAUUGUAACCCUUGCUGUCACCAGUAUUGUUAAAAUGCCAUCAAUACGAGAAAAUAUUCUGCCUUCAGCCCCAAUUUCUUUUCGGGAAUAAAAACAAAAACACCAACUAAAAAAAAAAAAAGCAAAACCAACUUUCAUGUAUUCCAUAUCAUAUAUUUUAAGCUUUGACUGAAAAUCUUUAAAAGGCUUCUGUACCUCUCCUGGGCAAAGAUCACAAGCCCGUAUAAUGAUGCUGAUUCGAGUUUCACCUGCGAGAUACAUUGUACAUUUUUCUCCCUUCUGUUUUGCUCUGUGUAGCUGCACUUUCAAAGGAAAGAUUUUCUUGCACUAUGUAAUGGUUAAGUGAAAAUGGUUAACCAAAUGAUUAUUUCAAAAAAUGAUAAAAAAUGCAAAAAAAAAAAAAAAAAGUUAAAAAUAUAUCUUCUCAGUAAGUGGAAAGCCAUCUCGGUUUACUCUAAUGCUAUGAUAUAAAUACUACUUGCCGAGGUCACUGAGAACUAGUUGUAGUCCUUUCAUUCAAUUUUGUAGAUAAUAAGUCGUGCAAAUUUACAGCUGAUCUUUUUAUAAUAGUCAUUAAUUUGCUUUUAACCUUUACAAUUGCAGAUAGCCACUUGCUAUUCUAUAUAUUUUUUAGAAGUAUAGAAGUUUUCAACUUAUCUGAUCUUCUAAACUGAGAAAAGGGAAAUAUGUUACAAUAUUAAUAAUAGAUUACUUCAGUCAACUUUAACAGGCUUUAGUUUCCAGAAAUAAUAUGAACUCAAGCUAGCUUUAUGUAUCAAUUAUGCAUUAGAAAUUCUUACUUUGAAUUAAAGUCAUUCAUUAAACAACAAAGACGCAUUUGAUCAUCACUUUGUUAUCAUUAUUAAGAAUAAUUAUUUCAUGUUACAAGAAAAAAGUUAUUGACCCAGUGUCAAGGAAAUAUUGUUAUUUGUUCAAAAUACCAAUUCUAAAUAAUGCUGUUCAACUAUGAUUCUGUGAUCAUUAGAAUGUCAGUUGUAAGUUAUAUGAAAGCACAUCAUAUCCCAUACUAAAGCACAAAAAUGCUUUUGCUUAUAAUGUUAAAGUGUAUCAUAGAUAAAAUGGUUAUUGAUUGUUAUAGAAAUAUUUAUCAUUUUUAAUUUUCUUCUCUUACUUUUCAUCAUGGUAUUCAGCCAGAGAGGAAGUCAUGAUUAAAAUACCAAAACCACUUAUUGCUGUGUGUUCCAGAUUUUUUAAAAGUUGUGUGAAGCAAAUACAAUGAGGACCUGUCAUUUUCUUACCAAGAAAAUUCAGAACAAAAAUAUUAAAACAGUAUUUAUAACUUUGAGGGCCUUUGUGCACAAUUCAUCUGUCAAUUGUACGUCCUGUGUCCAUUUGUCGAACUUUUAAGGGAAAGAAGGGAGCUCUGCAGUAGUAGACUAUUACAAAUUAUAUUAGCAGAUAUUGUAGAAUUCAUAGUACACAUUUGUUACACUGAAGAGCCUUCUUCUUAACCUUUUGGUUGUAAAUAUACAUAUAUUUUUUUCAUGCUUAUUUUAGCCCUGCAUGUGUGAUGACAGUGCUACAAUACUCAAAUACUGUUAACAAGUAUUAUAUUGAUAGAAACCUAUUAGCUACCUUUAGAUGACACAGCAUUUACCAACCUGGUGCUAUUAUUUCACUGAAUUAGCUUCUGUCAUUGUUAAUUUGUUUGUCAAAUUUACCUCUCUUAGGUAAUACUUGCAUAGUUUACAGUACCAUGAUGUUCCUUACCUUACAGAGAUGCAGUAAAACAUUUAUUAUAAAUCAUUUAGAGUAAGACUACGCACCUCAUAUUGGUCAGAAUUCCCACACAAAAUAAUACCAUUUUUCUGUCAUCAAACAACUUCCCACCAGGAUCCUUGUUGCCUCUUUUGCAACAUUAUCCUCUGUAAUAUCUUGCAUAUGCAUUACAAAUAUAACUGCACAAUAUUUGUGCUUGUUGAUGCUUAAAUUUCUACACAAAGUUUGCAAUAAAGAUUGCUCAACAA